CCCGGCUCGGCCCGGCCUCCGCCUUCCCUUCCCUUCCAGUUUCUUCGCCUUGCAGCUCCUGCCGGCUCGGCGCCUGCAGCCGGGGACGCCGGCGCGGCGGGACGUCGCCCAGUGGCAGAGACGCAGCAGGGUUAUAAUUCUUACAAAACAGUUAUGAUGUGACAACUAUGGAUUAGGACAACCACAAUCUUAAAGACAUCCCGCUUAAAAUAAAUAUACACUUAUCUUCUGAAUAUCUUGCACUUAUUGGCAAUAUUUCUUGGAAGUCAACUUGGCUUGCAAUCUGUAUAACUUUUGAAAAGCUUCAUAAUGGAGUUCUCAUUAUCCAAAGGAGGUUUCGUUAGAGAUUUCCAUAGACCAUUAUUAAUACUUUUAGUUUUCACAUAUCUGAUAGCUCUCGUUUGCACUGAUCAGGACUAUUACAGUUUACUUGGAAUAUCCAAAGAAGCAAGUAGUAGAGAAAUAAGACAGGCUUUCAAAAAAUUGGCAUUAAAGUUGCAUCCUGAUAAAAAUCAGAAUGAUCCACGUGCACAUGAAAACUUCUUGAAAAUAAAUAGAGCUUAUGAAGUAUUAAAAGACGAAGACCUACGAAAGAAGUAUGAUAAAUAUGGAGAGAAAGGCCUUGAGGAUCACCAGCAAGGAGGUCGAUAUGAAAGCUGGAACUUUUAUCGCUAUGAUUUUGGUAUAUAUGAUGAUGAUCCUGAAAUUAUAACAUUGGACAGAGGAGAAUUUGAUGCCGCUGUUAACUCUGGAGAGUUAUGGUUCAUAAAUUUCUAUUCCCCUCGAUGUUCACACUGCCAUGAUUUAGCUCCUACGUGGAGAGAAUUUGCUAAGGAAAUGGAUGGAGUAAUACGCAUUGGAGCUGUGAAUUGUGGUGAUAAUCGAAUGCUCUGUCGAAUCAAAGGAAUUAAUAGUUAUCCAAGUCUCUAUGUUUUCAAAACUGGAAUGAAUCCAGUGAAAUAUUUUGGAGACAGGUCAAAGGAGAGCUUAAAGAGUUUUGCCAUGCAGUAUGUCACAAGCACAGUGACAGAGUUAUGGGCAGGAAACUUUGUCAGUGCUAUUGAAACUUCAUUUGCUUCUGGCAUUGGCUGGCUGAUCACUUUCUGUGCUGAUCGUGGAGAUUGCCUGAGUUCCCAAACACGCCUUAAAUUAGCUGGCAUGUUGGAAGGUCUUGUUAACAUAGGCUGGAUGGACUGUGCUACCCAGGGUGAGCUUUGUGAUAAUUUGGAUAUCUCGUCUAGUACUACUGCAUACUUCCCCCCAGGAGCCACCUUAAGUAAUAAAGAGAAAGGAGGUGUUCUGUUCCUUAACUCCUUGGAUGCAAAAGAGAUAUAUUUAGAAGUAAUGCAGCAUCUUCCAGAUUUUGAAAUGCUCUCUGCAGUCACAUUAGAGGACCAUCUGGCUCACCACCGGUGGCUGCUUUUCUUUCAUUUUGGUCAGAGUGACAAGUCAAAUGUGCAUGAAUUUAAAAAACUGAACUUCCUACUUAAAGAUGAACAUAUUCAAGUUGGCAAGUUUGACUGUCUUUCAGCACCAGACAUCUGCAGUAAUCUAUACGUCUAUCAGCCAUGUCUCGCUGUCUUUAAAGGAAAAGGAAUGAAAGAUUAUGAAAUUCAUCAUGGAAAGAAGAUUUUAUAUGAUAUAGUUGCAUUUGCCAAAGAGAGUGUAAACUCUUACGUUAUCACACUUGGACCUCAGAAUUUUCCUGGCAAGGAAAAUGAGCCAUGGCUUGUUGACUUCUUUGCACCUUGGUGUCCUCCUUGUCGAGCUUUACUACCAGAGUUAAGAAAAGCAUCAAAACACCUUUAUGGUCAACUUAAAUUUGGCACACUGGACUGUACAGUCCACGAAGGGCUCUGCAAUAUGCAUAAUAUUAGAGCAUAUCCAACAACAGUGGUGUUCAACCAGUCUAGCAUUCAUGAAUAUGAAGGACAUCACUCUGCUGAGCAGAUUUUGGAGUUUAUAGAGGAUCUCAGGAACCCAUCAGUGAUCUCCCUAACACCAGACACUUUCAAUGAACUAGUAAAAAGAAGAAAGAAAGAUGAAAUCUGGAUGGUGGAUUUCUAUGCUCCAUGGUGUGGUCCUUGCCAAGCUUUAAUGCCAGAGUGGAAAAGGAUGGCCAGGUUGUUAAAUGGACUAAUCAAUGUUGGCAGCAUGGACUGUCAAAAAUAUUUUUCUUUCUGUCAUCAAGAGAAUGUUCAGGGAUAUCCUGAAAUAAGACUCUUUCCCCAAAAAGCAAACACAGCUCAUCAUUAUUACAACUACAAUGGCUGGCACAGGGAUUCACACUCGUUGAGAAGCUGGGCAUUAGGUUAUUUACCUCAAGUAUCUGUAGAUCUGACACCUCAGAGUUUCACAGAAAAAGUUUUGCAUGGCAAGGAUCAUUGGGUCAUUGAUUUUUAUGCUCCUUGGUGUAGCCCUUGCCAAAGUUUUGCUCCAGAAUUUGAGGUCCUAGCCAGGACUGUUAAAGGAAAAGUUAAAGCUGGAAAAGUUGACUGUCAGGCUUAUGCUCACACCUGCCAAACUGCUGAUGUCAGAGCCUACCCUACUGUUAAAUUUUAUCCCUACCAAGGAGCAAAGAAAAAUGUUGCUGGGGAGCACAUAAACAGCAGAGAUGCAAAAGGCAUAGCUGAUAUUCUGAUUGAAAGACUAGAGGCCAUUCAGAAUAAAGGAAGGAGAAACAAAUCUCCUAGAAACAAGGAUGAACUUUAAGGAGUAUUGAAGGUGGAUAAAAUUCAACAUAUACUGAAGCUGUGACAAUAGAAAGCACCAUGAUUCAAAUAUAAAUUAGGUCCAGUUCAUGAUAGAACAAGAAAAACUGAUUAGUUGGAAUUCAUGGGUACCUGGGUUUGUCUGCAUGAUUUCUAAAAGAUUUUGCAGUGGAAGGAUUCCAAGGAUCUGUAAAGGGACUCUGCCUCCCCCAUUUGCUCAGACCAGCCAUGUACCAAGGAAGGUUUUCUCCUGGUCUAGGUCUUGGGAUCAUUCAGUAAUGAAAUGAUGUGGUGUUCAUCCUCUG